CAUGUGCCCGGGACACAAACACGCUCUGAGGCUGCUCCGAAUGCCGGCGGCUGAGGGGUAGCCAGCCGGUUACUCGCAAGUAGCCGCCGGUUAUGCCCAGAUUCCAUCUCUGGUGCGCGUCACUCAAAACUACGGCUCUCCCCAAAACUUUUUGAAGCACUAAAUCAAGGCCUUGAAAGCUCGAUUGGGUGUUCUUGAAGGGCGCACAAGCUGUACUGCUGUUGCGAGACGCGUGUCCGUUCCUUUGUUUUCUGAUCGUGCCUCACAAGUUGCUGCUACGAGCUUGAGACCGUGUCAUGAUUUCACGACACGCAGGCUGCUUGAGCAGCAAAGCACUUGGCUCCCAAUAUUUGAACCGACGUAUACUCCAAGCAGCCUUCUCUACAACACCAAGAUGCAAUGGAUACGAUGACACCAUCCAGAAUCUGAAAAUUGGCUCGCACACUCGUGUCAUAUUCCAAGGUUUCACAGGAAAGCUCGCUACAGCCAAUGCACAGGAGUCAAUCGCAUGGGGAACAAAUGUCGUCGGUGGAACGAACCCAAAGAAAGACGGACAGGAACAUUUAGGUCUUCCUGUUGUUGGUUCUGUACGGAAGGCCAUGGAGCAGUUGAAGCCGGAUGCGACUGGUAUCUAUGUCGCAGCGCCUCAAGCUGCAGCUGCCAUUGAAGAAGCCAUCGAAGCAGAAGUGCCACUCAUUGUUGCAGUCGCAGAGCACAUUCCUAUCCACGACAUCAUGAGGAUACACUCCAUGUUGAAAUCACAAUCGAAAUCAAGACUCGUUGGCGCAAACGCACCAGGCAUCAUAUCGGCUAUUGGGCGUUGUAGAAUCGGUUUCCAACCCUUGCCUACCUUUUCGCCCGGUCACAUAGGCAUCAUCGCAAAAUCAGGCACUCUGUCAUACGAGACUGUAGGCUCCCUCACAAGAGCAGGCGUGGGGCAAAGUCUAUGCAUCGGUAUGGGCGGUGAUGUGAUCGCCGGAACCAACUUUGUGGACGCAUUGAAGGUCUUCGAGACAGACGAUGACACAGAAGCCAUCAUCCUAGUAGGUGAGCUGGGUGGCACCAAUGAAGAAGAGGCCGCAGACUGGAUCAAGGACUACAACAAGCGAAUGUCGAACCCUAAGCCAAUCGCUGCCUGCAUCGGUGGCUUCCAAGCAAAACCUGGGAAGGUUACUGGCCAUGCAGGAGCCUGGACUGGCCUCGGAGAAGGAAAUUCGGAAGUCAAAUACAAAGCGCUUGAGGCUGCUGGAGUCACUAUGGUUGAUCAUCCAGCCAAGUUCGGCGGUGUGAUGAAGAAUAUCUUGGCAAGUUCUGGCCGUAACGUGAGGAAGAUCGAGCAAUCCGCAGCUCAAGCGCGUCGAAGCUAUCACACAUCGGCCCGCCAGGUGAACUGGAACCCAACACGGACAAAAGCCCAACAGCAGAAGCGCUCGCUGCAUCUAUCAGCUGAGCAAAACGCCAACAUCCUCAGGAAGUAUAACAUUAAUGUGGUCUCGAAGCCUGAAGACCAACAAUCAAGCCACUACCUUGGAAUCUCACCUCACCGUGUGAACCGCUCUCCUUCGAUUAUCGCGAGCCCUACCGCCAACCCAGAUCAACUACAUCAGCGCGUGCGAAGAUUUACAUUCGACUAUAGAGAAGGUCCUUCAUCAAAGGCCAUUAACGAUGCGAUGGCGUGGUUACAGCUUGAUGCCGCACCCCCAAAGGCAAAAGCCCAGGUAGCCGAAACGAUACAAAGUUUGUGGAAGCUGUACACGGAGAAGGAAGCCAUUGACGCGCACGUCGCCCUCUCCCUCAACCCCAACAAAGACGAAAUCCAGAUCUACAAUCCCUAUCUCUUCUUCGACGAUGCCGCCUACCGCUCCAACCAGCGGCAAGCCGACCUGCACGGACUCCGCGACAAGCUCUCGCCUACCGAACUUGAAGCCGAGGAAGCCGGUAUCGUGUACAUUCCGCUGGACACGCCACAGCCCGACAGUCGUCUACAAGCUAGCAGCCAGACCCCACCGGAAACAUCGAGCUUGACAGCCGGUGAGCCAAGAAAUCUGGUGGGUACGUUGGUCAAUGGAGCGGGACUGGCGAUGAACACCAACGACGCUCUGCAUCUGCGACUGUCCCAGCCGCCCUACUCGACUGCAAAUGCGAAUUUCCUUGACACCGGCGGCAAAGCGACAAGCCAGACUAUCAAGACCUCGUUCAAACUCAUCCUCGCGGAUCCACGCGUAGCUGUCGUCUUCGUCAACAUAUUCGGCGGCCUGACGCUAGCGGACAUGAUUGCUGAAGGAAUUAUUCUCGCAUUCAAGGAGCUGGGCGUCAACAAGCCGGUGGUGGUGCGCUUAAGAGGUACCAAUGAGGAGAAGGGGCAAGAAGUUCUGGCGAAAGCGAAUUUGCCCAUCUUCGCAAUCAACGACUUCGAGGAAGCAGUCAAGAAGGUCGGUGAGCUUGCUAAUGCGAGAAGCUAAUGAAGAGUACUGUGAAUGUUCAGAAUCGAGCUUGGAAGUGGUGUGGCGUCUAUCUCUUUGCAUAUUUUCUACAAAGCAAGGAUAGCGGGUCGCAGAAACACGGGCUGUUCUUUGAAGCUACUACUACUGCGAAAUAUCUCACACUACACCUUGAUUAUUUAGCAGAAAGGAUCAAGAGCUGUUUGCAGAUGCUACUUUGCGCUGAUGUGACUGUAUAUCCGAUCUUAGAUAGAUAUAGUAUCCGAUCCAAAGAAAUGGUUCUCAAAUGUCAGCAAUCUAGUAUUAGAUCAAAGGCAUGGGAUCUGAAAUGCCCUCGCGGCUUGAUUACAGCCGUUGAUUAGUCAGCUCCCAAACGUGGAAAUGGCUGUCCACCUGGAG